AUGGGGAUCAAGCGCUCACACCGCGAUUCCUCGUCACCAGACAGCACACCCUACUCGCGUGAGACAUCGGCCGACGUCAAGAUUGUCCACUUAGAUACCGAAUCUGCCGUCUCUGACGAACCCAUCAUCAUGAAGUGCUCACUGCCUCCGCACGAACCGCUUGCGUUCAAUUCCAUUGAAGACCACGAUGUGCACUACCAGCAAGUUCACAUGAACCGAUGCAGCGAAUGCCACAAGAACUUUCCGGAUCAGCACUUUCUACAUCUGCAUAUUGCAGAAUAUCACGAUCCUAUCAAUGCUGCAAAGCGGGACCAGGGAGAGAAAACGUUCCCUCGCGAGUACGACUUCAUCGUUAUAAAAGACGGUAUCGAUCGCCGAAGCAGCAUGCUAAUACCCUCUCACCGACGAAGAAGCUCGACAAUGAGUUCGACGAAUGGCGCUGCUGGUUCUCCAAGGAGGCGGAGAGGUGAGUCCAGCGCAAGCACUGGUGACACUAUGGAGAUGGAUCACGAAGAAGCUCAGGAAGAAGGAGAAACGCGUCGCUACCCCACCAGACUUCGCGGGCGUGGAGGAUUCGGAGGCCGCGGACUUGCACGAGAAGACGCAGCAGGUAUCACUGCCUCAAAGACAGCCACUACUGCUCAGCCGGCCGAUUCCAUGGACAGUCUGGCUUCUAGCAUGUCUGCACUGAAGUUUGUUCCUCACAGUGUCCGGGUAGCGCGCACAAAGGGUAGAGGAGGAGGUGCCUGA